CCACCAGGCUCUGGGGCCAUAAACUGAGAGGAGCUCACUUUUGUUCUAAGCCACACGUUUCAACUGUACACUCCUUUUUUGAAAGUCUCAGUUUACAGGAAAUAAUGAGAUCUGUGCUGAUAAUAUUCUUCAUUUUCACAGUCCUUUAUUUCCCAGGUUGUUUUGGACGCAAGUAUUUUAUACUUAACAACAACGUCCCAGGAGCCAUCUUUGUGGGCUGGCAGAUGAAUUCUAUCAAAUCUGAUUCCAUUGCAAAGCUAUCCAAAAUCCAGGACUCCACCUCCCCAAUCCUCAGGCCACUAAAACAGGACCAGUUUAGCUUCGACAUGGAAUUGUGUGAUAUCAUCAGCAUCUCGAAUGGAACCUUUGAUGUUGUUUUAGAAGAACGUUGGGAUUUAAAAGGAACUCCCAAAACAGGAGUUUUGUUUCAGUGCUACAAGAGACCAGAAGAUUCCGCAAACCUGAUAGAAUUUUUGACGAUCUUGACGACAAAUACGGUAUAUGAGCAGUUGUAUAAGAACAAAAUUUCAAUGUCUACAUAAAUUCACGGCAGGGAACACAUCUUCGGGGACUGACUUUUUUAAAGUUAACGGAACUCUGUAUCAAGGAAUUACAGCAAUAAAUACAUGUAAAUGUCUUUAUAUACAUGUACAAGUACAUGUAAAUCAUUCAUGUGUGUAAUGGUCCAUGAUAUAUUGUGAAGCAUACUACUUGCACAUGCAAAAUGAUUUGUAUUGAAAAUUUACAUAAGAACGAAUAUAUUAUAUAAAUACUGCAUGUGGUUGAGUGUAACAUUGAAAUUUU